AUGGAGGACAUACAAGCCGAACAAGACACUGCACUCCUUCUUGCCACACAGUUUCAGAGAAGAGCUCACGAAGAACGCCUCAACCUCAAGGACACCAUCUCCAUUCGAGCCGCUCGUAUCGCCACCCUUUCCGGGGAGCUUGCAGAGGCUCACGCUAGCAUUUCUAUGCUCACAGGCAAGAUCUAUGCAAUGACGCAUGCAGCAUCGUGGGACGUGAAGACUGGCGCAGCACUUGAGGCACAAGCACAGGUCCACCUGACUCUUGUCCAAAACAUGAAGACUCGCAGGUCCAAGCUGGAAGAAGAUGGAAGUAGGGCUCAGCUUGACAGUAAAGCAGCGCGGAAGGAUCUCGCCAAUGCAGUGGGUGAGCUUCAGCAAUUGAGGGCCGAUGCGGCAAGCAAUGGAGAGCGUACUCUCAAGGAGAAGAGGUUUAUGGAGGCGGCGGUAGCAAAGGCCGCUGAGUUUCAGCAGAUUGCUCAAGACCAGCAGGCUUUGAUCAAGCGUCUCUUGGCGAAGGACUCAUGA